AUGGACGACGAAGCUGAAGCUGCUUUUUUCCAAGCUCAGCAGUCCGAAGCCAUGACCGAAUCGGCCCCCGCCGAGCUGCAGGAGAGCGAUAACUCUGAUUCAGAUGAUUACGACCCAUCGCAGACACUGGGAGAUGACUACGCAAAUGCCGUGUCCGAUGAUAUCCCGACUCAUGAUGCCCUCACUGACGCAACCCCCAUGGAUGAUAACGCUCCCAAUCCCACCGAUACUACAGACCUGGAAGCUUGCCAGACAGGCGACGCUCUUGAUUCUUCCCAGAACCCCUCGCACGUCGACCCCCCUCUACCACCCGGUGAUGCGGCCGAACCUCAGACCACAAUGAUCGGGGGAUUUGAGGUUGACAAUGAUGAGGAUGACAAGGGUGAUGCAGACUAUGAGCCCCCAGCUGUACUUGGAGACGAGAACGCAAAUGAAGAUCCCAGUUCAGGAAAUGCAAUUCAAAACACUUCCCCGGAUGUAUCAUCGCAAGCUGCGCAAGGUCCUAUCAGUGGGCCAGAUCUCAAUAGUUCUUAUUCUCCUGCUCCUGUUCAUAAUAUUGAUCCUUCUUCUGUUUCUGGCCAAGCUCUCUGGGCUGCGCAGGACGCGCAAUCUGCAUACAUGCAGACCAGUGCUGAUCCUAUCCCUGUACCUGAUUCUCCCUCUGCCAAGGGUCGUCUCCCCCAUGACCGUGUCGGGAUCCUUGAAGAUCGCAUCCAAGAGGAUCCCCGAGGUGAUAUCCCCGCGUGGUUGGAGUUAAUUGCCGAGCACAGGAGCCGCAACAGACUGGACAGUGCCCGUGAGACCUAUGAACGCUUUUUGAAAAUCUUCCCUCAAGCGGCUGAUCAAUGGGUGGCAUAUGCUUCCAUGGAAUCCGAACUUAAUGAGCUUUUCCGCCUGGAGCAGCUCUUCAACCGAACUCUUCUGACAAUCCCCAGCGUCAGUCUGUGGGGUGUUUAUCUGGACUACAUCCGUCGCCGUAAUCCUCUAACCACGGACGCCACUGGACAGGCGCGCACCGUCAUCUCUCAGGCAUACGAUCUGGCAUUUCAAUACGUUGGCAUGGACAAGGACAGUGGAAAUAUCUGGACAGACUACGUCGAGUUUAUCCGUUCUGGGCCUGGCACCGUUGGUGGAUCUAGCUGGCAGGAUCAGCAAAAGAUGGAUCUUUUGCGGAAAGCUUACCAGCGGGCCAUUGCCGUUCCAACACAGGUUGUCAAUACUCUCUGGAAGGAGUACGAUCAAUUCGAAAUGGGUCUUAAUAAGCUGACAGGCCGGAGAUUCUUACAGGAGCAGUCGCCGUCUUACAUGACAGCUCGUAGCUCACACACCGAGUUGCAGAAUAUCACUCGCGACCUGAUCCGCACUUCACUUCCCCGGCUACCCCCUGUGCCAGGCUCCGAAGGCGACUUUGAAUUCUCGCAACAGACGGAAAUCUGGAAGCGGUGGAUCGCAUGGGAAAAAGAAGAUCCGCUGGUACUUAAGGAGGACGACCUUCCCGCCUUCAAAGCGCGCGUGAUCUACGUUUACAAGCAAGCGCUCAUGGCAUUGACCUUCCUGCCCGAGAUCUGGUUCGACGCUGCCGAGUUCUGCUUUUCGAAUGAGAUGGAGACCGAGGGCAUCAAUUUCUUGCAACAAGGCAUUGAAGCCAAUCCAGAAAGCUGCCUGUUAACGUUCAAGCGCGCAGACCGCUUGGAAAUGGUGACAGAUGCUGACCAAGACACCACCAAACGAGCAGCCAAAGUCCGGGAGCCCUAUGACAAGCUUCUUGAUACUCUCUACGAGUUAAUAAACAAGGCGCGCGCUCAGGAAUCUCAAGAUGUCGCUCGCAUUGAAGAGUCAUUUGCACCGCAGAAUGCCGAAAGCGACGCACAGAACGGGAACGAUGAAGAGGAGGACCCAGAAACAAAGGAGAGAGAGGCAGCCAAGGCAGCUCAGAUCGAAGCAGUUCGCAAAGCCCACGCCGUCCAGAUCAACAUUCUCUCUAAGACUGUCUCCUUUGCAUGGAUCGCACUUAUGCGUUCUAUGCGUCGCAUUCAGGGCAAAGGCAAGCCUGGAGAGAUGGCUGGCUCUCGGCAAAUCUUUGCGGAAGCCAGAAAGCGUGGUCGGAUCACCAGCGAUGUUUAUAUCGCCAGUGCUCUCAUGGAAUACCAUUGCUACAAAGAUCCCGCUGCCACAAAGAUCUUUGAGAGGGGUGCGAGACUGUUCCCGGACGAUGAGAAUUUUGCACUUGAGUAUCUGAAGCAUCUUCUCGAUAUCAACGAUGUCACCAAUGCCCGAGCUGUUUUUGAAACCACCGUGAGGAAACUGGCCUCGGUCCCUGAGAAUGUUCACAAGGCCAAGCCUAUAUUUUCCUUCUUGCACGGAUAUGAGUCCCGCUACGGCGAUCUCACCCAAGUGAUCAACCUGGAGAAGCGUAUGCGUGAGCUCUACCCCGAGGAUCCUGCUUUGGAACAGUUUGCCCAUCGUUACUCAAUUCCAUCCUUUGAUCCUACGGCCGUGCGCCCCAUUCUGUCGCCAUCUCAGACCCGUCCUAGGACCACUGUUCCUGGUGGCCCCUCGGAAUACCACGGGUCUCCUAUGCCACGGUACACGGAGCCCUCUCUGAAUUCCCCAAAGAGACCUUAUCCUGUUGACGACUUUGAUGAUGACUCCAACCGCCCACGAAAGUUCAUUCGUGCCGAGUCCCCAAUGAAGAGCGCCCAAGCUCGGCGCCUCGACCAAAGCAAGCGAGUGCAGCAGUUGAACGGUCAAAACACCUCAUACAAGGCCCAAGGCUCCCCGGCCCCUCUGCCUCGUGAGGUAGUCAACUUGCUAAGCAUUAUGCCUCCUGCAUCUUCAUACAAUAUUUCCCGUCUUUCUGCCGACAAGAUGAUCGAUCUUCUUCGUCACAUUGACCUGCCCAGCAACAUUGCCCAGCUUCAAAUUCCCCAAAAUACCCGCGGGCCUGGUCAAAACCCGAACGGGGGCUUGAACUACAAUGGUAGGCUGUCCAACCUCUGA